CUUUAGUGAAUUUUUUUUUGCAAUCAUAGUAAAUUUAUAGUAAAAUGCCUCCAAAGAAGAAGAUCACACAAGAAAAGCCUAUCUUGUUAGGUAGACCAGGUAACAACUUGAAGUCUGGUAUUGUUGGUUUGGCCAAUGUUGGUAAAUCCACCUUUUUCCAAGCUAUCACCAAGUCUCCAUUAGGUAACCCAGCCAACUAUCCUUUUGCCACCAUUGAACCAGAAGAAGCCAGAGUCAUUGUUCCAUCCCCAAGAUUCGACAAGCUUUGUGAAAUCUACAAGCCAAAGUCCGAAGUUCCAGCUUUCAUGACUCUUUACGAUAUUGCUGGUUUGACCAAGGGUGCUCACGCCGGUGAAGGUUUGGGUAACAAUUUCUUGGCCAACAUUAGAGCUGUCGAUGCCAUUUUCCAAGUUGUCCGUUGUUUCGAUGACGCUGACGUUAUCCACGUUAUGUCCGAAGUUAACCCAUACCAAGAUUUGGAAAUUAUUCAUGAUGAAUUAAGAUUAAAGGAUAUUGAAUUCGCCAAGAAGCACUUGGAAGGUGUUGAAAAAAUCACCAAGAGAGGUGGUCAAUCUUUGGAAGUCAAGCAAAAGAAGGAAGAAGCUGAAUUGGUCAACAAGAUCAUUAAAAUGUUGGAAGAUGGUCAAAGAGUUGCCAACCAAAAGUGGACCAGUAAGGAAGUUGAACUUAUCAACUCCAUGUUGCUUUUGACUGCCAAGCCAACCAUUUACUUGGUCAACUUGUCCGAAAGAGAUUACAUCAGAAAGAAGAACAAGCACUUGUUAAAGAUUAAGGAAUGGGUUGACAAGUUCUCUCCAGGUGACAUGAUUGUCCCAAUUUCCGUCUCUUUGGAAGAAAGAUUAGCCGGUAUGGGAUCUGACGAAGAAAGAGCUGCUGAAUGUGAAGCCAUUGGUGCUCAAUCUGCUUUGCCAAAGAUUAUCACUGCUAUGAGACAAAAGUUGGACUUGAUUUCUUUCUUCACUGGUGGUCCAGAUGAAGUUAGAGAAUGGACCAUUAGAAAGUGGUACACCGCUCCACAAGCCGCUGGUACUAUCCACGGUGACUUGCAAAGAACAUUUAUCUUGGCCCAGGUGAUCAAGUACGAUGACUUGAUUGAAUACAAGGAUGAAGUUGCAGUCAAGGCUGCAGGUAAAUUGUUACAAAAGGGUAAGGACUACUUUGUUGAAGAUGGUGACAUCAUCUUUGUCAAGGCUGCUGAGGGUAAGGCUCGUUAAGCCAUGCA